CGUUGCCGAACCGAACCAAGUGAAGUGCCUGCCUGUGUGGGGGUCGCGCGCGCGCGCGCUCGCUCUGUCCUCCCCUGCUCGCCGCCGCCGACUGACGCGAACGAGCGCUCCCUUCCGUCUCAUGGCCGCCGCGGGCGCCGCCAAGGUCACCGCUGCAGCGGCGGCCACGGCGGUGUUCAGGAGCAACCAGGAGCUCACCCGCCUCGCGCGGUCGGGGCAGCUGGCGGCGGCGCGCCGCCUGUUCGACUCCAUGCCCCGCCGCAACACCGUCACCUACAACGCCAUGCUCUCCGCGCUGGCCCACAACGGGCGGAUCGACGAGGCCCGAGCGCUCUUCGACGGGAUGCCCCGCAGGAACGCCGUCUCCUGGAACGCGAUGAUCGCGGCUUUCUCGGACCACGGUCGCGUCGCGGACGCCCGGAGCCUGUUCGACGAGAUGCCUAACCGGGAUGACUUCUCCUGGACGCUCAUGGUCUCCUGCUACGCGCGCGCGGGGGAGCUCGAGAUCGCCCGGGACGUGCUCGACCGCAUGCCUGGCGACAAGUGCGCGGCGUGCUACAACGCCAUGAUCUCUGGGUACGCCAAGAACGGCAGGUUCGACGAUGCGGUCAAGCUGCUGAAGGAAAUGCCGACCCCGGACCUGGUUUCUUGGAACUCCGCGCUGGCGGGUCUCACUCAGAGUGGACAAAUGGUUCGGGCAGGGCAAUUCUUUGACGAAAUGGUGGAGAAGGACUUGGUGUCCUGGAACUUGAUGCUGGAGGGAUUUGUGCGAGCUGGGGAUUUGGAUGGGGCCUCUACCUUCUUUGCAAGGAUUGAAUCACCUAAUGUAGUUUCCUGGGUGACCUUGCUCAAUGGGUAUUGCCGGGCAGGGAAGAUCGAUGAUGCAAGAGAACUGUUCGACAAAAUGCCUGAGCGAAACAUUGUGGCUUGGAACGUGAUGCUUGAAGGGUAUGUGCGGCUCUCUCGCAUGGAGGAGGCCUGUAAUCUGUUUGAGGAGAUGCCAGAUAAGAACUCGAUCUCAUGGACAAGUAUAGUAAGUGGAUUAGUACGUGCUGGGAAACUCCAAGAAGCAAAGGAUCUUCUCGACAAGAUGCCUUUCAACUGUGUCGCAGCAAAGACUGCACUGAUGCAUGGAUAUUUACAAAGGAAGAUGGUUGGUGAGGCUCGUCAGAUUUUUGAUGGAAUUGAGGUGCGCGACACAGUGUGCUGGAAUACGAUGUUAUCUGGUUAUGUCCAGUGUGGAAUGCUUGAAGAGGCCAUGUUGUUGUUCCAGCGAAUGCCCAGUACAGAUACAGUUUCUUGGAACACCAUGAUUGCUGGCUAUGCUCAGGGUGGUCAAAUGCGCAAGGCAGUUGGUAUCUUCAAGAAAAUGAAUAGGAGAAAUACAGUAUCUUGGAAUUCAGUUAUAUCUGGAUUUGUUCAGAAUGGCCUCUUUGUUGAUGCACUCCACCAUUUCAUGCUCAUGAGAAGGGACACAAAGAGGGCUGACUGGUCUACUUAUGCAAGCUGUCUCAGCGCGUGUGCAAACCUGGCUGCUUUGCAAGUUGGGAGGCAAUUCCACAGUCUUCUUGUUAGGAGUGGGCAUAUCAAUGAUUCAUUUGCUGGAAACGCCUUGAUUUCCACAUAUGCCAAGUGUGGAAGGAUAUUGGAAGCAAAACAAAUCUUUGAUGAGAUGAUAGUCAAGGACAUUGUUUCAUGGAAUUCGUUAAUUGAUGGCUAUGCUUUGAACGGUCAUGGGACCGAGGCAAUCUCAGUAUUCCUAGAGAUGAAAGCUAAUAAUAUCAGACCUGAUGAGGUCACACUUGUUGGUAUCUUGUCGGCUUGCAGUCGUGCUGGAUUUAUUGAUGAAGGAUUGAAGUAUUUCAACUCAAUGGAAAAGGAGUACUCACUAAAGCCUGUGGCUGAGCACUAUGCUUGCAUGGCGGACAUGCUUGGAAGAGCUGGGAGACUGAACGAGGCAUUUGAACUUGUGCAAGGAAUGCAGAUCCAACCAAAUGCAGGCGUGUGGGGUGCACUGCUUGGAGCAUGCCGGCUGCACAAAAACGAUGAGCUAGCACGAUUGGCUGCUGAAAAGUUGUUCGAACUGGAACCUCGCAAGACAUCAAAUUAUGUGCUGCUGUCUAACAUCAGUGCUGAGGCAGGCAAGUGGGAUGAAGCUGAAAAGACCAGGGCUUCGAUUAAAGAAAAGGGAGUGCAUAAGCCACCUGGUUUAGCUGGAUCGUCAUAGACCUUCUCAUUAAAUGAUUUAGCGCUAGCGAUGUCAGGGCAGUCCCAAUGGAAGAAACCGACGCGGUUUCCAUAGCACAAGAAAUCAUCUAUAAAAACUAUCUUCCACAGUGGAGGUGUCUUUGAGUAAUAAUUAUUUUCUCUUUCUCUCUCCCAACUCUAUCUUCUUCCUCCAAUGGGAGUGUGGCACGAGCCCCCUAGAAACGGAUGGUUUCUCCCCAAUGGCGAUUUCAUGGUUUCUUGGUGCAUUGGGUGAAGAGAAGACCUGAUUUCUUCAUGAGGAAACCAUUUAUAGGAUUUUUGCUCUCUUUCUUCAUUAAUUACGUUGCCAUGUCAGCAUUUUGCCUAUGUGGCAAGUUAUUUAAUGAGGAUAGAAAUCAUCAUCAAUAUACCAUUGGGACUGCCCUCAGUGACUAGUGUAGGUUUUCACUCAUCCAACUUGAGCAUACGGAGAGGAAAUUUUGUUGUCUGAACCAGACUUGCGUUUUUACACCCUGGUUGCUGGUUGGACGUCCGAUGCCUUUGAGGACAUCAUAUAGCGCAGGUGAAGAAUGAGGAGGACAGCAGUGUUUUUCUGUUUCGCAGAACUUCAUAAAACCAAGCCGGUGUAGUUCUUAGGUAUUUGUCUUAUAAGUACUUCUCUACUGAACUCCAGAUGCAGCUGACGUGAAUGA